CUACUACUGUUAUGACAGAGCACGAGAGCAGAGGAGGGAGACUCAGACUUCAGAGGUUUGACGAGUCGGUGCAGGAUGGAGUGAACUUCAUUAAGACUUUGAACACAACACGUUUAGAUUUAUUCCUCUUAGUAGCCGACUGGAAGCUUUCUUAUUUCACCUGCGCUUUUUUUUUUCGUUAAUUGAUUUUUGUGUUUUUUUAUGUGGGUGUCAGUGUGACUGCGAACAAACAGGUUAGAGUCUCUGAUAUGGCUGAGGUAGCGCCAACACAGUCACAGCCGGUCGAGAUAGACCCGGACUUUGAGCCUCUGUCCCGCCCUCGCUCUUGCACCUGGCCGCUGCCCCGUCCGGAGGUCACUGACCCGGCCAGCUCCAACACAUCGUCCCCUGCCCCGUCGGUGCAGCAGGAGCCGGGAGGAAACCCCGAGUUCAUCAGUAACCUCGGGUUGUUAGAGGAGGACUAUGAGGGCUAUGCGGAGGAGAAACCGCCUGUGCCCUGCAGUGACUUUCUGUGUCGGGAGGGAAACUGUUUGCAUCUUCAUCACCACCUGCAGCAGCAGCAGCAGCAGCAGCAGCACCUGCCGGGUCCACAGCUGCCGCCUCAGCAACAGGUGCCUCAUCCAGGUGUCGCACCUUUGGGUGGCCCCGGCCAGAGGAAGAGCAGCUCGUCCCGUCGUAACGCCUGGGGCAACAUGUCGUACGCUGACCUCAUCACCAAGGCGAUAGACAGCUCACCUGAGAAGAGGCUGACGCUGUCUCAGAUUUACGACUGGAUGGUGAAGAGUGUGCCUUACUUCAAGGACAAAGGGGACAGCAACAGCUCCGCGGGCUGGAAGAACUCCAUAAGACACAACCUGUCGCUGCACAGUCGCUUUGUGCGCAUACAGAACGAGGGAACAGGAAAAAGCUCCUGGUGGAUGCUGAACCCGGAGGGGGGAAAGAGUGGAAAGUCACCUCGACGCAGAGCUGCCUCCAUGGACAACAACAGUAAACUGGCCAAGAUCAGAGGGAGGGCCUCAAAGAAAAAGAUGGCUCUACAGGAAGGGGUUGAGGGAGCUGGCAGUCCUGGCUCCCAGUACUCUAACUGGAUGGGAAGCCCAAACUCCCACAGCAACGAGGACUUUGAAGCCUGGAGCUCCUUUAGGACACGCACCAGCUCUGACGCCAGCACCCUGAGUGGUCGCCAUUCACCUUUCCCUUCUGAACAGGAUGACCUAGGGGAGUCCGAUGGCCACAUGAUGUAUCCUAAAGCUGCAGGGACCAAGAUAACCUCCCCCCUGCCGAGCUUGUCCGAGAUGGAUGGACCUGUGGGCCGACAUGGCCAAGAGGGGGUCAUGGAUAGUCUGCUGGAUAACCUUAACCUGGUGUUUCCUAAAUCCUCCCAGCUGGGUCCUGACUCCUCUCAUUCCCCAAAUGCUGCCAUGCUUCAGAGUAGCCCCUACAGCGCCACCUGUUUGAUCGCACACCCACAGCAGGACUACCACAAGCGUGUGUACAGCCAGGUGAGGAUGAACUCCCUGUCCCCUGCUCCAAUGCAGAUACUUCCAGAGACUAAGCCAGGCUUUGGGGCUUAUGAGAACCCAUAUAUCAGCCCUCCUGGCCUACUGAAAGAGCUGUUGACCUUAGAUGCAGAAUCCAGUAGGGACAGGAUGCCCUCUAGUGAUACACAGCUGGCUCAGGUUGGGAGGGCGAGCGGGCUAAUGCCCACUUACAGCAGCCAGAGCCACAUGGGGGGUCGUAAUGGGGUUAAAAUGUUGAAUUCUUUACAGAGUCACCCAGUUCCUCAUGUGAAUCCACAAGUUAUACAUAGCCGGGGUCCUUCAACCUCACGAGACUUGAAUAGCUGUAACAUGAUCCCCCUGACUAGUCGCAAUGGACUGUCAGGGGCUCCUCCUCGAAUGAACAGCCUUAGGACAUGUAUGCAACUACCCCGUGGACACCCAGCUUACCCUUCUGACGUUUCAGCAAGCAACAAUAGCUUUAGGGGUUUAAAUCCAGUUCACCAACACAUUCAUCAUGAGCGACUACCCAGUGACCUGGACAACAUGUCCAUCGAGAGGUUUGAGUGCGACAUGGAGACCGUCCUACAUGACACCCUCAUGGAUGGCGGGGCACUUGACUUUAACUUUGACCCCGCGGCUGGGCCUUAUGGGUUUCCUCAGAGGGUGAAGACAACCACACAUAACUGGGUGUCAGGUUAGAGCAUAUGGUGAAUGACAAACAGUUGAGUGUGACAAUUGGGCUGACGAUAUUAUAAAACUGUAGUCCCUUUCACACAUGCACUCCAAACAAUUUCAAGACAUUUUAAGGACAGCCUGCCCCUCACAUUUUCCAGCGUUCCCCUUUUAACACAUGUCCCUCACAAUGGGAGAUUUUUCGCUGUCAGAAGAGUGGGGGGAGUGGCUUAGGAGAAAGGACAUGAGGUAGAAUGGAUGCUGCACAAGUCCUAAAGAAAUGAUAACAACAUAUUUAAGAUGCCGGACGUAGCAACAGGGUCCGACAUUAUAUGAUAUUUUUUGCCUUAAUAUAAAUGCUGUAUGUUUUCAGAAAAAAAUACAAUUACUGAAAACAGUGGAAACAAACAUGCUGGUGAGAAGAAAAGAGUAUGAAGUGCAUCAAGAUCGUAUUGGUUUGAGGAUGUGGGUUUAUCAAUGAAGUAAUGGAAAACAUGCUGGCAAGCAGAAUAGAGAACAAAGAAGCUUCAUCACACGCAAGAAGAUCAAACUAUUUUUCAUUGGUUGCAUGAUUUAAACAUUUCCCUCAUCAUCCCCAAUAAUCUCACCGCACACUUCCUAGCAUUGAAUUUUCCUGACUAUGACCUACAGUUUACACAUCGGCUCACCAUAAUCUCUUGCAGACUUUUACUUGUCAUCUGUCAGGAAAAGUUCUGGAUAAAGUGUAGCUAAUAAAUUCUGCCAAUGCAUUCACACAUGCAGCUCAACUUGACAAUUUCGGGAUUCUUCAAAAGUGCAGUGCAUGUGUUAAAGGGCCUUAAAACUUCAAAAACAUGUGAGUUAAAGACAAAAUAAGUUUUCAUUCAGUUACAGUGACUGAAAUCAGACAACAGUCCAAACUGUUUUCUCUUGUGCACACAAAAUGCUUGAAUCAUAUCUACAUAGCCCUGAAGCGAGAAUCAAUGAGAGCUAACGCUGCAAUAGAUAACUGUUAUUGUUUAAACUACCUGUAAAAAAAACAGUCAUUACAAUUUUACAGUGCAGUAUUUAAAAAUAUGACAGAACACCACAUCAGUGUGCCUUCAAACUUCUCUGUUGAUGAUUUGAAGAGAACUUGAAAAUAUUCUUCAUUUUGUAACAGAGUGAAAGGAGCAAUGGUUUGGAGUAAUUAAAGGUGUAUUUGGUAAUAUUUGUUACAAUAAUUUAGGUUUGAACAACGAAUGUGGUAACCAUGCUAGCUCAGUAGGUUCAACUAGGUAAAGCGGUGGAUCAUCUGCAUAGUGACACAUCUUAACAUUUAUACUGUAGUAAAUACAAAUUCCACGGGGAAAUGGACAUAUGCCAUCAAGAUAUGUGUCCAGGAAUAGACCUCUGGAAGGCACACAUAGCAGGUUAUGAAAAGAUCAUCAUUAAAUCCUUAAAGAAGCUUAAUUAAGUACCUAAAUCAAAUUGUAGCAGUAUCUCUAUGAGGUCUGGUUUAAGAGACUCUGAGAAGAACUUCAUCUCAAACAGGAAUGAGUUCAACAUUUAUAAACUGAAUGAAGGUAUUUAUUUCUAGGAGUGGCUGUUAGAUUUGUGCUUUUGGUUUGCUUAUGAAUAUUUUUAUACUGUAUUGUAAAUAAGUUCAAACACAGUCGAGAUGUGCCGUCUAAAAGUUCACAAUCUCAAUAUUUAUGUUAGCUAAUCGUGGAAGUCGUCCGCUUUGUGAGUGUCCAUGUCGCAUAUCAUUGCAUAUCAACAGUGAUGCUCUUCAGUAUCUGAUUUUGUCUUCUUUGGACUUAAUGUUUCCUUCAAAGGACUCCAAACUUUAGUCUAGUCUAGGAUUACAUGAACCUCCGUACAAUUCUAAAUCUUGAGGUUGUGAAAACCACAAUCGAUAAUCCAAACGAAAACAUUGUAAUCAAAUUCAAAUUAAAGGCAGUUUUUGGAGAUUCUGACUGGACUCAAGCUGUGCAAAACAAUGGGAGUAGCAGUAGAUGGAGAGGCUGACGAUGAUGUCGUAAACUGACUAGAAAUAGAUGAUGAAUGUUUAGCGAGCACAGCACAUGAUUUAAAAGUAUUUACCAGCUGGCUUAUACAGUUUUUAUGCACCAAAUAAAGUGUGCCAAUUCACCGUGCCUACAUCUUCUUACAGACUUAUGUUGUACAUAUUUAUUUCUUUAGUACAUUGUAUAUAUGAAGGGUUUAUGUGACCUGUUAGGAUAAUACUGCCUGAUUGUGUUAGAAAUGGUUGUUUACAAAUCUCAGUCCAAACUAUAUCGAGAAAUAUAUAAACACUCUACCUCAAAAAACUUUACCUCUCAAGUUUUGAAGGGAUAUUUUCUGACAAUUUCCUCAAUGAGUAAUUAUUACAUUCUUCCUCAUGUAUGACAUAUAACGUUUUGUACAUAUGUUUGUUUUCUUUUUUUGUAGUCGAGAUGUACUUUUUGGACCUGUUUAGUGUCUCCCUUUGAAUUUCUAAUGUUUAUUUUUAAUGUUGAAGGAUUAUAGCCAUUAGUUCCUACAGUCAAUUGUUUUGUGAAAGUCACAGGAAAAAUAUUAAAUUAAAUGAAUUGGUGUGAUAUAUUAUCAAUAUUGAAGUACUUUUUUUAUUAUCAUAAUUUGUUCAGAUUAAAUUUAAUUGAACUCAGUUCGUUAAUUAAAUGUCCGAAAUUAGUCUUUUAAGAUUGUUGACGUGUAUUGAAAUAAAAUGUCUUAUCAGCAGUUUAUAAUGACUCAGAAAGCUACCUGUACAAAAAAGGGCCCGCGUCUGUUACAUUUCAUUGUAAAGAGUAAAUAAGUUUUACUUUUAUAUGUCAUUUUUUGACAUUUCAAAACUGACUGAUGUUUUUCAGGAAAUAUGCAAUGCUGUUUUUGUCAUUAAUAAACCCAAUGCAUAUGUUUUAAAAGAAUGCUGUUUUUUAUGCAAUAAAAUGUAAUGCAUAAAUCUA